GUAUUUAUGUGUUACAUUUUUGUUUUACAAAGUUAGGAAAACAAUGUUUAAGUCGAGCCUGAUGUUGCUUUACACAUAAAAGAAUGAUCUCAGUCACUUUUACACAGUGAGGCAUACAGCUUCUUAAUUAAACACUGGUAUCGGAUUAGUACUAGGUGUCGGUAUUGGGAUUGAAAAAGUUGAAUCGGUGCAUCCCUAAUUAUUUAUAUAUAUAUUGUCAUUUGCCUGUUUUACUUUUACCAGUUUUGCAUGUACAUAAGAUAAUUUGCACUGAGAAAAAGUAGCUUUUUUUUGCCAUAAAAGCCUCAAAAAUGUAAGUGAAUACAAUUAUAAUAUUUAAGUUGGGAUUGCUCAAGAAAAUCAAUGUGGGUUUAAAAUAAAUGUUGGUCAGUGUGAUGAUAUGGAAGGUUUGGUUUGUGGUUAUUCAUUGUAAAACAAAAAAGUGUGUGCUUGUGUGUGUGUGUGUCCUAUUCAAAAAACAGGUGUUGGCAGAAGUUGUGGCUCUCCCAAACUUAUUGUCCACAUGAAAGUGAAGGUUUUAACUUCUUUCCACAGGUCAACAAACAAUCCAUUUAAAACCACUGGAGCGUGAAUAACACACACAUCCAUACAAUGCAGUGAAAUUGAGACAAUAAAGACGGGUUUACUUUUCACACAAAGCUGAGGAAAGUGGGAUACCUCCAGAGAGUCACACCUUUAGAUGGGUGUGGAGACACUCAGGAUCUGCCUAUAAAGCACUGCAGCUUCUUACUUACUGGUAUAUAGUUACACAAGUAAACCAACGCCACGAUGCUGACUUUUAUCCAGCUGAUGAUUUUGCUUUUUUGGACGAGCGUUAGCUCAGCUGAUGCGGAGAAACUUUUCCAUAAUCGGGAUCAUUCUGAUGUGCAGACCGUUAAUUCUCAUCAAGCUGAGGGUAUAACAAACAAAUAUGGAUUCAUUAAGCCAGUGAACUGGGAGGAGAUCCAGUUUGAAGAUUCAGACGCCUCUUUUAACGAUGACUUCCUGGAUGACCUUCAAGACACGAUCCAGGAAGGAACCUCAGUGCAUCGCUCAAGGGAUGCUGGCGAUCACGAUGACCACGACAGCGUAACCGAGAGCCAGGCAUUUAUUUCAGCACUUAAAGAGUUCCAGAGGGUGUCGGGGCUGCCGGCCUCAGGCGUGUUUGACGAGGCCACCAAGGUGGCGAUGAACAAACCGAGAUGUGGAGUCCCUGACAAGGAGAUUGACCUGGACGCCCCCGAGAACAGCAGCGCCUCAGAUGCUGAAAACACUUCCAGUGACACUUUUAAUGAAACUGACAGUAACAACACAGCAAGUAAUAUAACUAGUGACUUCUUUGAAGUUGAGAUAUUCAAUGUUAAUGACACAGAAAGUGUUCUCACAGGCGUUUCCAACGACACCAGCAUGAAUUACACAGACUUGUUUGAUCACAUUUUAAAUAAUACUUCUCUGAACAGCUCAAAUGAUACCAACAUGGACAGUCAAGUGGUGAAUACCAGCAUGAACGGACGUCAGAGCGCAGCAGUGAGACGCAGGAAACGUCACCUCGCCACUCUUGUGUCCAAAAGCAGGCACAAGAGAGAUUUGAGUGAAACGGGCUACAUGGCCUUUUCUAAGAGGGUGUUAAAGUGGAGGCUGAUAGGAGAAGGUUACAGCAGUCAGCUGUCCAUCGAAGAGCAGAGGUACAUCUUCAGAAUGGCCUUCAGGAUGUGGAGCGAGGUGUCUCCGCUGGAGUUUGUGGAGGAUACACGUUCUCCGCUGGAGGAUGUUGACAUCAGGCUGGGCUUUGGCACUGGAAGACAUCUGGGUUGCAACCAGAGGUUUGAUGGCUCUGGUCAGGAAUUCGCCCACGCCUGGUUCCUGGGUGAUAUACACUUUGAUGACGACGAACACUUCACCGCUCCCAAUGCUGGCAGUGGGAUCAGCCUGCUCAAAGUAGCAGUUCAUGAGAUCGGCCAUGUUUUGGGUCUCCCCCACAUCUACAGAGCCGGCUCCAUAAUGCAGCCCAGCUAUUUGCCCCAGGAAGCCGGCUUUGAGAUGGACUGGACAGACAGGAAGGCCAUACAGCACCUCUAUGGAGGCUGUAAGGGUCGAUUCAACACAGCAUUUGAUUGGAUCAGAAAGGAGAAGACGCCCUACGGUGAGGUGGUCAUCCGCUUUAACACCUAUUUCAUGAGAGAAGGCUCGUACUGGCUGUAUGAGAACAGAAACAACCGGACACGCUUUGGAGAUCCGGUUGCUCUGCAGGCUGGCUGGCGUGGCAUCCCCAUGGACGGAGUGGAUGCGUGUGUGCACGUGUGGUCCAGAAAAAGAGACGCUGUUUACUUCUUUAAAGGUGCUCAGUUCUGGAGGUAUGACAAUGAGAAGGACCAGGUGUUCAGACAGGACCCUGAAGGUCACCGCUAUCCGAGGUUAAUCUCUGAGGGUUUCCCUGGAGUGUUCGGUCCCAUUGAUACAGCCUUCUAUGACAGGAGGGACUCUCACAUCUACUUCUUCAAAAACACUCUCGUGUACGCGUUUGACGUGGAAGCCAACAGCUUGGCAAGAGGCUUCCCCAAAAACAUCAGAGACGUUUUCCCUCCAGUGGUGAGCGGAGACCAUCCAGAUGGCAACAUCGACGCUGCCUACUUCUCCUACACCCACAACGCCAUCUUUCUGCUCAAGGGCGCGCGCUUCUGGCAGGUGUUGGGCAGCCGCGAUCGCUGGCGCCGGCCCUCUCUGCCGCGGAAUGGCCUGCUGCCACACAAGGAGGUGGAUCAGCACUGGUUCGACAUCUGCAACGUUCACCCCACUGCACUCAAACUAACCCGCUGAGUUUCAUUAAACCUUACUGAUGUGUACUGAUGUAGAUUCACCUGUUGUGGUGUGUUAACAUGUUGUCAUAUUAUGCAUGUAGACAUCCACUGUCUACUUUUUUUUAAAUGUUAAUUUAAGAUCUUAAAGACAAAAACAACUUAAUAUUUCUGUUGGCUUACUUUGUGUUAUUAAUAUAUCAGCUGCUCUGUCUGUCUCUCACUUAGCGAUGCCAAAUGCAUAUUGGCAUGAAAACUAUCCUGAAGGACCUGUUAUGAUUAAAACAUUUAGAGCAUUAGUGAGAAUAUACUUAUUUAUGGAUGUUUGCUUAUUUUUUAUACAGACACCUUGUU